CAAGAAGGUGACACUCCGUCGUUCAGUGAGCUCUCUCUUCUCAACCACAGUUACGAAGAUGAUCCCCUUCGCGGAUUCUACACCAUUUGGUAUUCGAACACAACAAGAGUGGCCAAAAGUAAACUGUCGUCUUCAGAGAAGGUUUUUGAGUAUAUCAGUUCGAUUUGGGGAAGUCCUGAAGUUGAUCGUUCGCUUUGUAAGCCUCCAAGAGGUGGCGUUUGUGGCAGAAUAGAUGACCCGUCGUUACUAUCGGCAAAGGGUCGAGAUACCUUGCAAAGGUGGUCCAGAGUGGUUAGUCACUACGAUGUCGGAAAUGAGUCAGGAGAGGACGAAGAUCCCGUCGAGAUGUGGAAUCGUGCGGUCGAGACUUCCAUGUUGAAUGCUAGCGCUGCUUCAUCAGGAACGCCAAACAAGAUACUGAAUUCGGCACGAAAACGAAAACAUGAUAGCGAGAGCGGAACGGACGACAUUACAGAAAGUCCACUUGCCGCAAGUACGGCCGUUCGACCGAAGCCGAAAGUUUCUCGGCGGAAAACUGCUCCCGAUUCUGCAGAAGAUUCACCGGUAGCGACCAUGGACCAUAGAAGUCCUGAUGAAUCUCCCGUUGCCAUGAAGAUUCCACAGCUCGAGCCAUAUGAACGCAAACCUCUGAGAGCUGAAAGUUUGAAAGGCAAGGAAGGACUCAGUGAGCGGAAGCUUCUGGUCACACCCAGUGCGAGAGCGUCUCCUGAAAGCAAUAGACGAUCACCGAGGAUCCAAGUAAUGAGCGCGGUGGAAAAUACUCCUAGCGGCAGAGGCGCUACCACAAAAGCGAAGAAGAAUUCAGACUGUUCGAUGGUUUCAUCAGGACGAGAACUGGUGAAUAGCUUCUCCGAUGAAAAAUGUGAUGAAAAUUCAUGCAAGGGGACAGCCUCCCCAAAUGUGAGUACCCUUGUGGGAGCAUCCAGUGAGUCUCGCAGCAAAAAGAGCCCACUGCCUACCAACAUUUCGGAAGCUCAACCUCCAGCGCAUGUAUCGUCGGGAGACAUUAAGACGCCCUUGGCCCGAAGGAGCGCUUCUAGCUCACUGCGACGUCGUGCAUUACUGAAUAGCGCGAUCAGAAGCACGGAGAGUGCGGAAAAGUCAUCCUCGACACCAAUAGGAAUUGCUGGUGGUGCGGAGUCAAGAACAUCUGAAGAAGUGGCAGAAACUCCAAAAACCGGAAGAGCUGCUGAUAAAAAUGCAGCAGUGCCAGCAUCCCCAUCAAGAAGAGAGUCGCCGAAGAAGCAAACACCCUCGAAAAUUUCAACACCUUCUAAAAGAUCAUCACCCGCUCCUGCAUCAAGCAAAAGCAGGGAGACUCCAAAAACUAACAGUGCUCGUAAAAAGAAACGUUAG